AUGGAUCUCCGAUCGUCAAUCGUCGUGGUUCUGACAUUAUCAGUCGUAACAUCCAUUAGAGUCGCAGAGUCGUCGCCACCGUCUCCGACCUACAAUGACAAUCACCGCUUCCACCAGCCGCAGCUAUUGAUGGUGCACGGCAACCACGCCACCCCUACCCGGCCGAGGAAGUGCACCGGCAACGUGAUCGGAGACGACUGCGUGUUCGAGGACGAGGAGAUGGCGAUGGAGUUGGGGAUGAGCCGGCGAGUUCUAGGGCAGACGAAGUACAUCAGCUACGCGGCGCUGGCCGCCAAUAGCAUCCCCUGCAACGCGCGCGGCAGAUCGUACUACAACUGCCACACGCACCAGAAAGUCAAUCCCUACAACCGCGGCUGCUCCAUGAUCACGCAUUGCGCCAGAGGAGGUUGA